AUGGACGAGCGAAUUGCCCUGAUUUUACGGCGCAGCGGUUGCUGUGCGACAGAGAUGCCCGACCAUGACGAGCUGAGUCGCGCGCCGCGCCAUGCCGCGAGUCUAAUGGCUGCACUAGGCCCUAUGGCGCGGCGGCGGCGCAAGGAGGGCCGCCCGCGGCGGCAGCGCACCACAUUCAGCAUCGACCAGACGUUCCGCCUGGAGCAGGAGUACCAGCGCAGCGAGUACAUCUCGCGCGGGCGCCGCUUCGAGCUGGCCGAGGCGCUGGCGCUCACCGAGACGCAGAUCAAGAUCUGUUCACAGCACACUUAUGUAACAUAA